GAGACUGAUUAAUUUUUUAUCUUCUAUUAGCUUAUCUUGUUUUUUCUUUUUUUAACUUAGAGACAUAUUUAUCUUUUAUCUUUUAUCUUUUAUUGAUUAUAAAGGCAUAAUAAAUAUUUGUGAGAAUAUUGGUUUAAUUUAAAUUAAAAAAAAAUUAAUUAUUUUAAAUUAUUUAAUUUUAAUUUUUUUUAUGAGUAUUCUCUUCCCCCAAAUUCUUAUUAUCUGGGAAUAAAGGGUAGUGGGGAUGGUACAUUAAUCACCAAUUUCCACAUAUAGAAGUUACAAACUCAUAUUAUUGUCUCACUCUCACCCCUAAAAAGAAACUUUCAUUAGCAUAAUAACUCUUGGUUUAGGAUAGGUCGUACCUUAUCCACAGUAUCCCAAAACUCCAAACUUUUUGCCAAAGUUACAGUACAAUGAAAUUUAUGCUCUUUAUUCUUAACUGUCAUUUUGGAGCCAAACCACCUGCUCCUUGCCGGGAAACCAUCAAGCCUCCAUGGAUAAAUUGGCCACAUUUCACAACCUUAACCCACUUUUCUUACAAAACACACGUCUCUCUAAGCCACCCAGAAUGUAUUCACUCCAUUUUCUGUGUGUUAGAGUCAGAAGCACCACUUAUGAGACCCCUCUUUCUCUUUCCUCUCUUCCAUGUCCACUGCCCAAACUUCACUUUUUGGAUGAAGUAGCAAAGAUCAAAACUUUAAGUUCAGUGAAAGUAUUACAUGCCCAGAUGAUAAAAAAGGAAACUUUGGAUAAUACUGAUGAGGUAAAAAGCUUGAUCACCUCUUACUUGGAAUUCGGCGAUUUCAAGUCCGCAACCAUGGUAUUUAUCAUGGGUUGUCCACGAAAUUAUCUUAUGUGGAUGUCUUUCGUAGAAGAGCUUAGGAGUUUUGGGGGUAAUCCGGUUGAAAUUCUUCAAGUUUUUAGUGAGUUGCAAUGUGGAGGUGUUAUUUUUGAUAGUGAAGUUCUUACUAUGAUUUUGAAGCUUUGUGCAUGUUUGAAGGAUUCAUGGCUUGGUGUGGCAAUUCAUUGUUGUUUGAUCAAGAGAGGUUUUCAUAUGGAUGUGUAUUUGAAGUCUGAAUUAAUCAGUUUUUAUGGAACGUGUUGGGGCAUUGAAAAAGCCAAGCAAGUGUUUGGUGAAAUGUCUGAUAGAGAAGGAAUCUUAUGGAAUGAGAUGAUCUUGUUGAAUUUGAAGAACGAGAGAUGGUUAAAGGCUUUAGAACUAUUUAAGGGUAUGCAAUUUUCAUUAAUAAAAACUAAAAAUAGUACAAUUUUAAAAGUACUACGUGCUUGUGGAAAGAUUGGAGCUCUUUAUGAAGGAAAGCAGAUUCAUGGUUACGUUUUAAGGCGAGCAUUGGAAUCCAAUUUAUCAAUAUGUGAUUCGCUUAUUACCAUGUACUCCAGAAAUAACAGAAUUAAACAAGCGAGAACUGUCUUUGAUUCGAUGAAAGAUUAUAGUUUAUCUUCAUGGAACGCAAUCAUCUCCUCAUACGCUUUAUUUGGCUACUUUAGUGAUGCUUGGAAUCUUUUAAACGAAAUGAAAAGGUACAAUUUGAAGCCAGACAUUGUGACUUGGAAUUGUCUUUUGUCGGGUCACUCUCGCCAUGGCUCAUACGAAAUGGUUCUCACCAUCUUGCGGAGAAUGCAGAGUGUGGGCUUCAAGCCAAAUUCAAGCUCCAUAACUAGUGUCCUUCAAUCGGUUAUUGAAUUGGAUUCUUUGGAAUUUGGGAAAGAAAUCCAUGGAUUUGUGAUCAGAAAUGGACUUGACAAUGAUGUAUAUGUAGGAACUUCUUUGUUGGACAUGUAUAUUAAAAGUGAUUGCUUAAGUCAUGCUCAAGCUGUUUUUAAUGCUAUGAAGAAAAGAAAUAUAUUCUCUUGGAAUGCAUUGAUAUCAGGAUAUUCUUACAAGGGUUUUUUUGAAGAUGCUGAAAAACUAUUGAAUUUCAUGGUUGAGGAAGGAAUCAAACCCGACCUGGUAACAUGGAAUGGUCUUUGUUCAGGAUAUUCAUUAUGGGGCCUCAACAAGGAAGCUAGAGCUGUAAUAGACCGGAUCAAGAGUUCAGGAUUAACACCAAAUGUGGUUUCAUGGACUGCUCUGAUAUCAGGCUGUUCACAAAAUGGGAACCAUACGGAUGCUCUAAAAUAUUUUAUUGAAAUGCAAGCAGAAGGCAUAAAUCCUAAUUCAGCUACCAUAUCCAUCUUACUUCGAGUUUGCGCAGGCCUGUCUUUAUUACAUAAGGGUGAAGAGAUACACUGUCUCAGCAUACGAAUUGGUCUUAUAGAAGAUGUUUUUGUAGCCACAGCUCUUAUAGACAUGUACUCUAAGGCAGGUAAAUUGGGUAGUGCCCUUCGGGUUUUCAGGAAAAUUCAAAAGAAGACAUUAGCCUCCUGGAAUUGCAUGAUCAUGGGUUUUUCCAUCCACGGUUUUGGAAAAGAGGCCAUUUCUCUCUUUGAUGAAAUGUGUAAUGCGGGUGUCCAGCCUGAUGCUAUAACAUUUACAGCUCUCCUUUCUGGCUGCAAGAAUUCUGGUUUAGUUAAAGAAGGAUGGAAGCUUUUUGAUAGUAUGAGCCAAGAUUAUAACAUUGACCCAACAAUUGAGCAUUGUUGUUGCCUGGUAGAUCUUCUUGGGAGAGUCGGCUAUCUUGAUGAAGCUUGGAAUUUUAUGGAAACAAUGGCAUUAACACCGGAUGCUUCCAUGUGGGGCGCUCUUCUUGCAUCAUGCCGAACCCAUAGAAACUUAGAGUUUGCUGAGAUUGCAGCCAAAAAUCUUUUCAAGUUAGAGCCCUACAACUCUGCCAAUUAUGUCUUGAUGAUGAACUUGUAUGCAAUGUCAAAAAGAUGGGAAGAUGUGGAGCGUGUUAAAAGCUUGAUGAGUAAAAGAGGAGUGAAAAUCAGCCAGGUCUGGAGCUGGAUACAAAUUGAUCAGACCAUUCACAUGUUCUCUGCAGAAGGAAAACCCCACCCAGACACCGGGAAAGUAUACUUCGAGCUAUAUCAGUUGGUUUCAGAAAUGAAGAAAUUGGGUUAUGUCCCUGAUAUGAACUGCAUACAUCAGAAUCUAGAUAAGGAAAAAAAAGAGAAUAUGCUUCUGAGUCACACAGAGAAGUUGGCCAUAACUUAUGGACUGAUGAACACAAAAGAUGGAGUACCUAUAAGAGUUAUUAAGAAUACUCGAGUUUGUAGUGAUUGUCAUGAAGCAGCAAAAUACUUGUCUUUGAUCAGAAACCGUGAGAUUUUUCUUAGAGAUGGCCUUCGCUUCCACCAUAUAAAGGAAGGAAAGUGUACCUGCAAUGACUGCUGGUAGAAGUGUUCUGCUAUGCUAAUGACCAUCUUCCAAAGACUACAUUAUGAUGAACUAAAUUGUUGGCUCAAAACACGUUCACCUGAUCGAACACACUAAUAAGUUUAUAGCAGGUAUUAGUAUGCUAACGACAGAGAUGUCAAUACAAAUUGGAGGAGAAUCUGGUCCAGUCAACGAAUAUUACAUUUCUUCGUUUGACUUGUCAUGUGGAGAAAGGAAAUGAAAAUAUGCAUCUUGUGGAGGAUAUAGCUAGAACAAAUUAGAGCCACUAACAUUCGAGGACAAAUUUCAUACUCAAUUUCUUGAGAUGGAAAAGAGGGAAGGGGAUGCAUACCUCCAAUACUCCAUUAUUGGAGCCAUUUAACUAGUUUUGGACCUACAUCAAGUGUGUACCUGUUGUUUCAUUUUCAUCUUAUCCUUUUGAAUGCAUUUAAUGUAAAACUGUUCUUUCCCAUUGUAUAAAAAUUGGUCAUCCCAUACACGGAAUUUGCUGAGCCCAGCUGGACAAACGGUUUAUGAAAAUACAAUGUUAAAACUACAGUAAUUUGAGUUGCUCAUAGUGCUACAAUUAGCUUAUGUAUAUCGGGGCAAACAAUGGUGUUAUCACCACUAGAUAAGCCUAGUGGAAAAGAAGGAAACAUCACUAAAAUGAGUGUAACAGAAAAAAGCACAUUCAAGAAGUACAGGCACCUCCUAGAACCAUCACAAUCUCUCAACAAAAUUAGAAUUUUCAUAAUUCAGUGAUAAAACCCUUUAAAAAGGAAAGAUUCUUAAGAGAUCCAACAACCGGUGGAACAAAAUUAAGGCAAUUACAAUAAUUUAUUAAGAGUGUAGUAUAUACAAAACAAACAACACAUAACAGAGGUGGUUUUUCCAAGUGAAUUUCUCCGGCAACCUACAAAGAUGAAAACCCCAUUGUUCCUAGGUACCAUAUAGUUCCAACACUAUUUACAGAUCAAGAGUCAUAGCAAGGUUGGUAGCACCACGCACAAUAAGUCACAAGAAAUCCCUAUUUCCAUUUAUGGAAUCGCCUACUUGAACAAAAGCUCAUCCUUCAGACACUCAAAGAUGUAAAACCCAGCAGCACUUUUCACAGUGAGGAAGACGACGCCAGAGCAGAUGGGAAUGGAAAGAGAGUUGAAGGAUCUCCACAAGAGAAAUUCAAAAUCCAGCAGUAUAGCCAAAACUCCAAAAACUUGGAGGGAAGUCCUACCUAUCUGAGAUCAAAAAGCCUAACUGUAGUUCGUGAGCUCCUGUGCCCACCCCUGGAUCCACUAUUGGUUGAUAGGUUCGGUUCGAUCCUGAAUAGCCAUCCUCUCAGAGACAUCAGCUAAUGAUUUGAGGUUGCACCUGAUCAAGGCCUCAACAAAGAAACAUGUCUCGUCCUUGGUAUUUCC